AUGGAAACCUCCCAAAAAUCCAUCCGUGUAAUGCACUACCUUAGCGAAUUCCUCGACCUCGACGCCCAAUCCUUCACCAACAUCGCCGAAUUCAUCGCCCUUAUACAAGCCAUCCGCGAAGGUCUCAGUCGCAUCGAUCCAACCUUUUCCGUCUCCGACUUCCACAUCAAUUUGUUAUUUCUGUCAAAGCUCCAAGCGCAUCCGAAAUGGAACGAUUGGGCGCGGAAUAUGCUUCGCAAUCAGCGGGUAAACGUCUCCGAUUCGAGCAAGACUAUGUCCUUUUCGGAACUGGCGGAGUUAGCUAUACAGCACGAGCGAGAUAUAAAGGGGAGGUCGAGGACGAGGGCGAAGCACGCUGAAAACAAUACGGGUCGGUUGCAGAACUACACGCAAGAGGAGAUUAAUUCAUUUGUUAUUCGGCAAAUGCGCCACACCCAUAACAGCAAUAAUCCCCAACGUUCAGAACCAGCUACACAAUUCAAAAGACAUAGCAAACGACCAAGCCAGGAAGAAAUCAAUGAAUUCGUCGUACGGCAAAUGCGUGAAGAACAAGAACGCAAGACCAGAGCGCGAAGCAAAUCGGAGCCGAAACCGAGUAAUCGAACCGCAGCCGCGACGAGAAUAGAGGCUCAUCGAACGACCAAAAGUGCGGACGAUGAUGAUCAGUUUACGAAAUGUGAUACGUGUGGCAGAGUCACUCAUGCCGGACAAGAAAAGUGUCAUCAUCAUCAAACGACAAAAAUGGAUACGAAGCUGCCGGUGGUGCAGGUCCCACGAGCGAAUUUUUUCCCGAAGAAGGUUGAAUUUGUGAAGAGGACUGCUGGCGGGUUGCCGACGUAUCGCACUGGGUUUGCGUUGACUUAG